UUGGCAGGAGGAGGGAAACCAGCCCCAAGAUGAAGGUGGCUCUCGCCCUGCUGCUGCUUUUAGCCACUACCCAUGCCAUGCACCGAGGUAAAGCUUAUGUCCGGGACAAAGUCUGCCAGGACUUCGGGAUCCUGGGGAAGGAGAAAUUCCGAACCCUGACCAUCGUCGCCAACAGCAGGAAAUAUUCCAACGCCACCUUCGAGGAGAUCAGCCACCUCGUCCGGGAAAUCGUCUCCUUGGCCGAAACCUGCUGCGCCGAGGGGGCCGACCCCUCCUGCUACGAUGCCGGGUCCUCAGCUCUCUCGGCCAAAUCCUGCAGCAAGAACUCGCCCUUCCCGUCCCACCCCGGCACGGCCGGCUGCUGUGCCCAGGAGGGGCUGGAGCAGAAGCUGUGCCUGGCUGCCCUGCAGCACCCCCCCAAGCAGCUACCCCAGUACCUUCAGCCCACCGAUGGAGAGCUCUGCCAGGCCUUCAAGAAGGACCCCAGGGACUUUGCCGACAGGUUUCUGCACGAAUACGCCAGCAUCUAUGGCCAGGCACCCCUGCCCGUGCUCCUGAGCUCCACCAACAACUUCCUCUCCAUGGUCUCCACCUGCUGCACCUCCUACGACCGCACCUCCUGCUUCCAGACGAAGGAACAGGAAAGGAGAAGCCUCACCUUCCUCAUUGGGGUGUCAGUCAUGUUUUGCUCCCGCCUCACGGUGUACGGGAAGGACAAAGUCACCCUAAGCUACCUCACCACGUUGGCUCAGAAGGCGCCCGGUGCUUCCUUCGAGGACCUUCUCCCCCUGGCAGAAGAUGCUGCCGAGGUCUUCUCCCAGUGCUGCAACUCGCUGAACGAGGACUGCUUGCGGAAGAAGCUAUCGGAGCACACGGCCAAAGUCUGCGAGGUGCUGCCCACCCGAGAGAAGAGGUUCGCUGGCAGCUGCAAGGGGCCGAACCCCAUGCAGAACUAUAUGUACAUCACGAUUUUGCCAUCGGCGCCCACCCCCAAACUGCCCCAGCUGCAGAACCUGACGAAUGAGCAGCUCUGCGGCGAGGAGGGGGCUCACUACGCCAAGAGGUCCCUGUUUGAGCUGACACGGAGGUACACCGGGGUCCCUGAUGCCGUCCUCAGCAAGCUGUACGACGCCUCCGAAAAAUCCAGGGAGGAGUGCUGCUCUGCCAAGGACACCUCCGCCUGCCUGGACAGCAAGCGCCUGUGGAUGGCAGAAAGGCUGAUCCCCUACCUGGAGAAGGCCGACCAGCUCUGCAAGCAGUACAUGACGAGCUACAGCGGCUUAAGGAAGGAGCUGCAGGAGAGCUUGGCAAAGCAGAUGCCAGAGGCCACCCCCGUGCUGCUGGAGCGGCUGGCGGAGCGGCGAGUCCAAUUCGCCUCCACUUGCUGUGCCCCCAGCAUAGCCCCCCUCUACUGCAUCGACAAGGUGGGCUCAGAGCUGGGAGACGUGUGCGAUGGGGGAUCCUGCCUGCUGGGAUAAACUGCCCCAAGGUGAGCAGCUGUGGGUCUGGGCAUCGGGGACCCUUUCUCUGGCCAGUUAUGGGGCUGGGGAAAGGUCUCACGGCCAUACCUUUGGGUCUGAGCUCUGUGGGGCACGCAGGGAAGCCAGACCUCGAGAGGAGCUGGAGGAUGACCUGCAGAUGGCUGCUGGUCCUCACACGGGGAGAGGAAGGUGCCACCGAGCCCGUGGCUCCUUGCCCACCCCACCGGUGAAUUCCUGCAGCCCCAAUAAAGACUUUAGAAAGCA